CGCACACCGCGCGUAAGAAGGGCUCUGGGUACGAGAAUGGGAUUUCACAUUUUCACUAUUUUUUUCCAGUGAAUACAUGUACAAGUAGCGAAAGGUCGUUUGAGAAUUUGUCUAAAAUCCACCAAAUUAUGGUCAAACCCUUUUACCUUUAAAAAUAAGCCAAAAAUACUUUUUUGUGUGCUGAAGUUUGUCUAUCCUGUCACAUCCCUAUAUUUCCUGUCGUUCAUGUAUGUCCCCGAAUAUCCCGAAUUCACCCUAACCUGUUGCAUUAAGCAUUUUCAAAAAGAAUUGAACCAAAAUUUUGUCGAAUUUUACUCAAUCUGUGGUAUUUUUCCAGUCAAAACGAAAUGCCUACUGUAGUUUUAUUAGAUGUUUCUCUGUCUAUGCUGAAAACUAUUCAAGACAGUGAACAGCAAGCAGAUAACAGUGCGAACAAACGUCUUUUAGCCAUACGAGGGCUGUAUUCGUUCUUUGACUAUUUGAGCGAGAAUUGUAAACUAGAGUUUACUGCUUUGAUAGCUUUUUCAUCUCUUUGGGAAAUAGUUGUGCGUUUUACAAGGGAUUACGAUGCUUUGAAAGACGGCUGCAUGAACGUCGACACUUAUGAUAAAACGUUUCUCGGCAAUGCUUUAAAUGGUGUAUCAAAUUUAGUUAUCGAGGAAUGGGGCUGUUCAGUACCAGUUCAAUUAGUGGUCGUUACCGAUGGUAACCUUGGUGGUGCAACAACUAUCCACGAGGUGUUAACAAACAGGCUUGGGGAUAUGGCGGAGAAUACAUGCACAAUGCCGCUACCAUUUCCUUGUGUUAUGCAUAUUGUGUGUAUGUCGACGUUCGAUGAUACACCAUCAACAACUUUAAAACUGUUACAAGACUUGGUGGAAACUUGUGGUCAAGGAGGAGGGCUGUACAUGCUUGAGUCACCCGCAACAGUGCACUCAUCUCAGGAGGCGUUUAAACGUCUUGCAAACGAGCAUUAUAUCUCUUACAGCGGAACUCUGACUUGCGGACACCUUAAGUCGAUGAUAACCCUAUACCCACCUCCAAAAACUAUGCCCAAAAAUCAAACACGGAAUUUGACGGUAAAAGAACAAGAUCAACCAUUUCCUAAAGAGGUUAAGAUUUGUGGUUUCUUAGACGCAAUUGAUCUUGGCAAUCCACCAUGCUUGACGAGACAUCUGGUGAUACCAACAGCGUCAGGUUAUGGUGGAACAGAUACUUCAGAUGGUAAUGGGAAAGAGCCAUCAUUUUGUGUCUUACUGCAUGGUAGUUUGAAAGUCGAGAAGAUGGUUGCUUUUGCACAGUUAGGGUAAGUAAGAUCUGAUCCAAGCUGGUCUGGGGUGCAAACUUUUAGAGGGUUUAACCAUCCAUAACAGUGGGGCAAGUUAUGUUAAAAGUGCUGUAGAUGACAAUGGAAUGCAGCUCAAAUAUGGUUGUUUUGAAAGCUUACUGGGUUCCCAUCAUUUGACCCAAGUCAGAUCACAGAGCAUGUUGACAGCCUAAUAGACAAUUCCCAUUAUAGACUAAUUUUAAAACCUAGGCAAGGAGAUGCAAAUAAAUCAGUGAAAUCACAACAGCUAGAAAGAGCAUACUAAAAUGAGUAAAUUUGCAAAGAUUGGUUGCGAAAUGUUGUAAAAUGCGGAAAAUAUAGCCUUGCAAAGUUCGCAAAUUUUGUAUACUUUUGUAUUGCAUGCGACCAUUUUCGGCCUAAAUGUGGUAGGAAUGUGGUAGGAAUUUCCGCACGCAAUACAAAAGUAUACAAAAUAUGCGAACUUUGCAAGGCUAUAUUUUCCGUAUUUUACAACAUUUCGCAACCAAACUUUGCAAAUGUACUAAUUUUAGUAUGCUCUUUCUAGCUGUGGUGAUUUAUUCGAGUCUCCUUACCUAGUUUUAAACAGGGUACGAAUUAAGGUGUCAAAACAGCUUCGCAAAAAUUUUGGUAAAUAAAUACUGCCUAGCUAUUUCAAAACCAUCCUCAGAAAUACCGUAUGAAAAACUAGUUACAUAUUAUUCUGACAUUGCAGAGUACAACGAAAUUCCGAAAUUCAUUGUCUCGAACGAGUUCGAAUCCCGCUUGAGACAACGAGCAACAAGCAACAAGCAAUACUUAAUUUGUGUGUUCACAAAUAAUUUUCAAAAAUAAUUACUAGUAACAAGGCCACCAAUGUUCACAAAAAAACCCUGUUUAACCUUUAUGUAAACGUUUCUCAUAUCUGCGUGUACCCAAGGAAGUCUAAGUAAAAUCUAAACUGAUUUAAAUAUUACUUACAAUAGGAAACAAUUGAAUGAAUAAGACCAAAAGGCCGAAAUAUAUGUGUCGUGUUUUCAUGUGAACUGUCAAAACAUUCAGAAAUGCGAUUACAUUCCUAGGCUACGCCCGUGCGCCAAUUACUGGCAUUUUGACAAACUGCAAACCAUUUUACUUUUAGGCGUAAAGUAAACAUCCGGUUUGUAGUAUUUAGCCGCCCUUAAUAUUAACCGUGAUUGAUUACAGCAUAAAUUGGGAUUGUAUGACUGCAACCUGACUACAAAACAAAAAUCAAAGCCUCGUCAAAACAAUAUAAACAGCAGACAAACAAACUAAAAGUAAAAACAGCGCGUUCGGCUCUCUCAUAUUCAUGUUCGUUAUGUUUAUGCAAUAUAUUUUCAAAAUUUUCACUUCGCAUUUUCCCGUUUGCCAAGCAAUUUCGCUUCGCAAAAAUGUACAGAUGCUUCGCAAAUUGCGAAGUGCGAGCCGUUAAUUCGUACCCUGUUAAAAUUAGUCUAUAAUGGGAAUUGUUUAUUAUUUCCCCCUGAGUAAAACUGUCAGGCAUUAGACUAAGUACACAGCACAUUGUGACAUUCAUGUUCAUGUUUUUCAUCAUUCUUGCAGUCCUAAUUGGUUUGGCAUGCUGUAUUCCUGGGCAGACAGUAAAAAGAAGUCAAACUUAGUUUUGUCUGUCUUUUCACCGGGUGUGGAAAUUCCAUGGUUAGGAAACUUGAAACGACUCAUGCCCUCGGCAGAGAUGCAAGAUAAUCCAUACAAGUUAGACAGAGAGGUGGAGGAGUCGCCAUUCCCUGUCGAGACAAGUAGACGUCGAAGUUAUCACUCGCAGGCCAGUGUCGUUUGGAUCAAAGGAAGUGGUUUACAGGUAAUGCCGAAUUCAGGGAGGAAAUAUCUUCACACCAUACUUUGUUUUACUCUGCUAAUAGGCAGACAAUUUUACCCAUAAAGAAAAAUAUAUUUAUUUUUCUGGUUGUUUAGGCUGAUAUUCAGAAAUUGAUGAGAUAUGCCAGGAAAUUACCAGAAAAGAUGAAUCAGUUUUACAAGGUGUGAACCUGGAAUUAUGACAUAUAGUGAAUAUAUUUUAUAUAAUUUGCAUACAUAUACAUUUAUCUAAUUUUAACCCAUUAUUUGGAAGUAACCCCCAUUUCAUUAUUUUAAUGGACCGGUGCAUUAGAUAAAAAAAUUGCUAUUUUUUUUAGGAGCUGAACAGGAUUCGUCGAGCUGCCCUGUGCUACAGUUAUUUUGAGUUAUUGGAAGGCAUAGCAGACAUGUUAGAAAGAGAGAUUGAAUCAUAUAAUGCAGACGGCAUGAUUCAGUUAGAACAUGCAGCACGGUGCAUGAGAGAGGCUGCACAACAUGAUCUCAACAAACUUAUAACUGCCACUCAAGGAUGAAAUUCAACAUCAGCAUUGACUGCAGUUGUCGUCAUCAUGCCAUGUAUAAAUGUUAUAAUGUAUUGUAAUAAGUUGUUAAAUUUAAUAAAAAAGACUAAUUCUGUGUACCAAACAUACUGAUUUCUAUGUACUAUCCUCACUACGACGUAACCACAGAAUAAGGUACACAGAAGGCCAACUU